GAAAAAAAAAGUUGCUAACAGGUGCGUAUGUGUGCUUGUGUACGUGCUUCUGCCGGCGGCAUAAGAGCGAGUACAAACAAAGCUCGAAAAAAAAGGAAAGCUCAAAACAGACCCCCAAUAAAGAAGAGAUUAAAGAAAGAGAGCAAAGAUUAAAUCGAAAUCACAUUGAUCUUAUCAAUAGUUCAAACAUUGCGACAACUUUUGGGGGCCAAAGCCAAAAUAUUACGAAUACAAAUAAAAAGCCAAUGCGAAACGUUUCACUCUCGCCGCGCGUUCCAGAUAAUGUGACAAUCGGCGUUGCGACGAAGCAUUAAACGGACUUAUUUGCCUAGCAGCAAAUGCUUAUAUAAUAUACAGAUCAUGCGUCUACGUUUCCUGACCACGGCCAGCAAACAGUUGCGCCUGAGUAGUCAGCAACGUCAUCGUCUGCUGGCGACAAGCACAUCUGGGCAGCAGCAGCGAGAGGAAGGGGGCAGCGGCAGUCAGUACAGUCGAGCACUUUAUGCUGCUGCUACGGUGGGCGGCAUCGGUGCUGGCUACUGGCUGUUCAAUGAGCUGGACAGGAAGCGCAGGCAGCCAGUGGAGUUGGAGCAGCCCAAAAAGGAAACACCGACUGCAGCAACGUUAGACGCUGAAGAUGAGGCACGUCUGUGGCAUAAGACAAAACGUACGGAUCUGCCCACAUACAGUGUGGAGGAUGUGUUGCAACAUAAUAAGCCAGAGAAUGGCAUUUGGGUCACCUAUGGACUGGGCGUCUAUGAUGUCACCCAGUUUGCGCCCAAUCAUCCAGGCGGCGAUAAAAUCCUGAUGGCCGCUGGCAACGCCAUCGAUCCCUUCUGGGCCAUCUACCAGCAGCAUAAUACGCUGGAGGUGCUCCAGCUAUUGGAGAGCUUUCGUAUUGGCAAUCUGAACAAAGUGGAAGCAGUCGAAAGCGAUGAGCUAGGCUCACCUUGGGCACAGGAACCGAAACGACAUGAGCUGCUCAAGCCAGCCAGCAAGCGGCCGUUCAAUGCGGAGCCGCCAAUCAGCAUGCUGGGCGAGCACUUUUACACGCCCAACGAGCUGUUCUAUGUGCGAAACCAUUUGCCGGUGCCAUGUCUAAAGGCCGAGGAUUAUGAGCUUGAGCUGGAGGUGGAAGCGGGCGCUGGUAAGCCGAAGUGUACUUUCAAUCUGGAUGAGAUUAAGAAGCUGCCCAAGCACACGGUUACAGCGGCCAUCAUGUGCGGCGGCAAUCGCCGCUCCGAAAUGACUCGCAUCAAGACCGUCAAAGGCCUCUCCUGGGGCGCUGGAGCUGUGGGCAAUGCCAAAUGGUCGGGUGCACGCCUGUGCGAUGUGCUGCGUGCCCAGGGCGUUGAGCCCGAUGAGCGUUUGCAGGUCAUAUUCGAGGGCGCCGAUUUGGAUCCGACUGCACAUCCAUUUGGGGCUUCGAUACCACUGGCCAAGGCAUUAGAUCCACGCGGCGAUGUGGUGCUCGCCUACGAAAUGAACGACCAGCCGCUGACUCGAGAUCAUGGCUAUCCCAUCAGGGUCAUCGUGCCCGGCACUGUGGGUGCUCGCAAUGUCAAGUGGUUGACCCGCAUCGUUGUUGCCGAUCACGAGUCCGACUCCCACUGGCAGCAGAAUGACUACAAAGGCUUCAGCCCCAGCACAGACUGGGAUACUGUGGACUUCAGCAAGGCCCAGGCCAUACAGGCAAUGCCUGUAACCUCGGCCAUUUGCUCGCCGAUGCCCGAGGAACGCGUGAAAGUUGACAAGGGUCACAUCACGGUCUACGGCUACGCCUGGAGCGGCGGUGGGCGACGUAUUGAGCGCGUGGACUUGACAAACGAUGGUGGCAAAUCGUGGCAUGUUGCCAAAUUGGAGCAGGAGAAUGUGCCCGACGGACGACACUAUGGCUGGUCGCUGUGGACUGUGCGCUUGCCCGUGACCGAAGAGCAACAAACUAAGUCCGAACUAGAGAUUUGGGCCAAGGCAGUGGAUUCCGCCUACAACGUGCAGCCGGAGACCUUUGAGAACAUAUGGAAUCUACGCGGCGUGCUCGCCAAUGCCUAUCACAAGGUGAAAGUGAAGCUAAUUUAGAAGCUACCGGAAACAUCAUUGUGUGCAAGUGGACAAUUAAAAGUCGAUGGAAA